AUGGGUUUUGCUGGAACGGCGGAAUUACUGACAGAUGCAACGGAAAAGAUCAUCAAGUACACUACCCCUUUUGGAUAUGCAUGGUUGAUCGUGUUGUUCAUCUUCCGAUUGCUGGCAGUAGAAGCGAUCGGAGAACCAAUUUACGAUGGUUAUACGACUGAAAAUGACGCUCAAGAUUUCAAGUGCAUUACAGAACAACCUGGUUGUCGACCUAUCUGCUUCAAUAGAUUUCAUCCGAUUUCGCACAGUCGUCUUUGGGAAAUGCAGAUUUUGUUCAUUUCGAUUCCAAUCUUUUUGUUUUUGGGGAUUACUCUCAGCGUACAAGAGAAAAACUCGAAGAUCAAACGCGAAAUCGCCGAAGUAGAACUGGAGAUUGGAAAGAAUAGGAGAUACCUCUCGAAUGAUUACUACCGUAAAAGAAAGGAAGAAUUGAGCGGAUAUGUCUCUGUCUCUCAAUUCAAUUACAUAACAGGUGACAGUGAGGAAGUCAUUUGGAAUCCUAUUGUAAUCAGCUGUUAUUAUAUUUUCUCUGUAAUCAAACUCGGUCUGGAAGUGUUCUUCAUCUACAAUAUUUACAUCCUGCAACGAAUCACGACCAAUGCGGAUUUAAAAAUAGGCUUUGAAAUGGAAGAACAAGCGCAGCUGACCUUUUCUGAAGUCUGGCACAUUCCAAGAACCUGGCUGUGUACUGUUGGUCAAGAACCCUUCUCGGCAUGCUCUCAAGAUCCGAUAGUCAAGUGUUUCGUCCCUCGUGCCUAUGAAAAGACGAUCUUUCUCCACUACUGCCUGGCCAUGCAAGUUAUUUCCGUUGUUCUGAUCGUUUGCGACUUGAUUUAUAUGAUCGUCAAAUCACGAUCCUUGAGAAACAGCCCAAAGAUAAACUAUCAAAACGAAAUUUCCAUGCUCAAGAAACCUGUUGCUGCCUAUUCUGAUUUCGAAUUUUAA